GGCUUUCUCUUUUUCUCGCCAGUUGUUUCAAGCCCUCUUUGAUCCUCUUCAGUGCAUCGAAUUAAUUCUUCGAGUUCAACAUCCACAUUGACUAUGAGCUCAAAUGGCACCUCGAGCCUUAAGCAGCGCCGUCGCUCAGACUAUGGGUAUACCUUAUCGUAUCGCACUCGCUGGAGUGAUAACGACCAAUAUGCACACGUCAACAACUCCGUCUACUACCAUCUCUUUGACUCGAUCAUCAAUACUUACCUCAUAACUCAUUGCGGUCUUACACCUCCAAACUCAGCCCUCAUUGGGCUUGUUGUCUCAUCCUUCUGUCAGUUCUUCUCUCCCCUUUCGUUUCCCGCUGUGUUGGACCUGGGUUUGAGGGUGAAUAUGCUAGGAAAGAGCUCGGUUAACUAUGAGGUAGGGGUGUUCGAGGAAGGGAAGGAUGUGCCGAGUGCCGUGGGUGGAUAUACUCAUGUGUUCGUGGAGAACAAGAGUAGAAAGAGUGCUGCUAUGGAUGAUACUUUGAAGGCUGGGCUUGUGAAGUUACUUGAACCGUCGAACAGGCGAUCGGCGAAGCUUUGAUCUAUUGUACUUAUCGACAUUUUGUAUAGAACCAAGUCGUAGAUUGAAGCCGGGUUUUAUAACAUGGCCAGUUUUCCUUGCUCUGGGGUCUGUUUAUGUUUAACACC